GACGUCAUCGAGCGGUGGCGCGCGGGCAGCCGCAGCCCCGGCUCCGCUCCCCCACCCGCUGGAUGCCGGUGCCCCCUGAGGCCGCCAUGGCGGGGGCUCAGGGCUGUGGCGAGGGCAGAUGGCGGGGCUGUACGACCUGGAGCGCACGCUGGGCAAGGGGCACUUUGCGGUGGUGAAGCUGGCCCGGCACGUGUUCACCGGGCAGCGUGUGGCCGUCAAGGUGAUCGACAAGAGCAAGCUGGCGGGGGAGGCGGCGGGGCAGCUCCUGCAGGAGGUGCGCUGCAUGAAGCUGGUGCAGCACCCCAACGUGGUGCGGCUCUACGAGGUCAUCGACACCCACGCCAAGCUCUACCUCAUCCUGGAGCUGGGCGACGGCGGGGACAUGUUCGACCACAUCAUGAGGCACGAGGGCGGGCUGGCCGAGGCCAGGGCCAAGCACUACUUCGCCCAGAUCGUCCACGCCAUCUCCUACUGCCACAAGCUCCACGUGGUGCACCGCGACCUCAAGCCCGAGAACGUCGUCUUCUUCCAGGAGCAGGGGGUGGUCAAGCUGACCGACUUCGGCUUCAGCAACCUCUUCCAGCCUGGCAAGAUGCUCACCACCAGCUGUGGCUCCCUGGCCUACUCGGCGCCCGAGAUCCUCCUGGGGGAUGAGUACGAUGCCCCGGCUGUCGACAUCUGGAGCCUGGGGGUCAUCCUCUACAUGCUGGUGUGUGGCCACCCCCCCUUCCAGGAGGCCAAUGACAGUGAGACCCUCACCAUGAUCAUGGACUGUCGCUACACUGUGCCCCCACACGUCUCGGCACAGUGCGCUGAUCUCAUCUCCAGGAUGCUGCAGAGGGACCCGAAGCAACGAGCGUCCCUGGAGGAGAUCGAGGGCCACGCGUGGCUGCAGGGCGUGGACCCCUCCCCUGCCAGCCGCUGCCUGCUGCCCCUCACCUCUCACAAGCGGGUUUCCCAGGAGGAGCACGAGAUCAUCCUCCAGGCCAUGACCUGCGGGAACAUCGCGGAUCGGGACACCAUCCAGGAGGCGCUGGAGGCUGAUCGCUACAACCACGUCACGGCCACCUAUUUCCUGCUGGCAGAGAGGAUGCUGCGGGAGAAGCAGGAGAAGCAGGGCCACUGCCUCAGCCUGGUUUACAACCUGGCCAAGGAGGUGCAGAGCAGGACCAACUUACCAGACACCUUCGGGCCUGCAGGCAGUGCUGGUGCCAUCUCACCCUUCUCAGAGGUGUCAGGCAGCCUCUCCACAGGGUCCCGGCUGUCCCCCCUGCCCACCGGAGGGGACAUCGGUGGCCGUCAACCCCCGAGGACCCUGCUGAAGGUCCCCGCUGUUGACACCACCAUCACCAAGAGCACCCCGGCCCUGAAGCAGAUCUGUGAGGAGGAAGAGGAGGAGGAGGAGGCAGAGGAGGGGAGGCCCAGCACCAUGGAGAGGAAGAGCAGCUCACUGAACCAGGAGCAGAUGCGGGCCUUCCUGCAUGGCCGCCGCUGCGGCGAGACCUGGGGGCCGGGGGGCAGCCCGGGCUGGGAGGGGGAUGAGCCGGGCUGGCGUCCCCCAGCAAUGCGGGGGGACAGAACCGACCCCCCCAGGAGGGAGGAGGACACAGAGGCUGGGGGCUCCUUGGCAGAGCCCCCUGAGGACAGGGAAGCUGCUGUCGCACUGCAGAGCGGCUCCGUUGGGGUCCUGCGGGUGCAGGGGGCAGAGAUGGCUCCUGCCACCCUCCCGAGCCCCACAGACAAAUGCCCAGAGCAGGGGGCAUCUACCAGCCCCUCCCAGCAGUCAGGGGAGAGCUUGGGCCCGGCAGGCACCGAGGGGGGCGUGGAGAAAGUGAUCAAGUUGGACCCCAACAGGGGCAAGGGGGGCAGCCUGCGGGACAGGCUCCUGCAGUUCCCCCUCUGUGAGAAAGCCCUGGCAUUCAAACUCCAGCCCGGAUCCAAGGAGAGUCUCCUGUCCCUGGGGCAGUUCAACUGCUGCCAUGUCAUUUAAUCCCCUGGCUGUGGUCCUGGCCCCACUGUGGGGUCCCAGGGGGUGCUGCUCCCCUGCCGUGGGGCAGCGUGGAGUUGGGUCCCCUGCUUUGUCACCCACGGUGCCGCCCAACUUGCACCCACCCAGGGCACCUUCUGUGGCUGCCCCAGGUUGGGUCCAUCCACGGACGGGCCACAAAAUGUCCCCAAACCUCUGGGGCAGCUUCGGAGCCCUACCAGGGUUGGAUGGAGCACGACACUUUUGUUUUUUUUUUUUAACUACUAGAACUAAUUUUUUUAAAUAGUCUAUUUUAAUGUAAUUAAAUAGAGAUGGCUAUAUCCCCUCAACCCCUCCUGCAGCUCGCCCAGGGCCAGGCCCUCCUACCCCACAGUGGCCCUGGGGCUACCAGGUGCCUGCCUGCAGCCCCCCACUAUCCAUCCAUCCCCCCCCCAGGCUUGGGGCCAGGCACAGCCCUACCCGUGACUGCGCGUGACCCGAGCCCAUCCCUUGGGCCUCCCCCACAAAUAAGCUUCCUAUUUAUUAUCUCUUUGUUUUCUUGCUGGCAAGAAAUGAAGGACGACCGUGGCGUGGGCCGGAGCUCAGCCCGAGCCGUGCGGCCCACCCGGGGAAGGGAUGAGAGCCACUGGCAAGCAAAGCUCAUCAGGCCAAUAAAAUAACCUCGUGGGUUGCCCUGG